AUUCCCGGAAGUGGACUGGAACAGAGCAGUAGCUGUCCGGGGAGGGCUACGCAAUAUUUUUUUUUUUGCUUUGUUGACUUGGGCCAGAAUUUUUGCGAUGGAUUCACAGCCUCCACCAAAGCCGUGGGAGAGGCGGAUUCCGGGCGCUAUGGGUCCACCCAUGACUUACAGAUCUACAGACUUUGGCCUGGCUGCAGGCCCCUCCUCUUCUGCUGGCCCUCCUGUGAUGACCAGGAUGGCUCCCCCGGUACCCCCUCGUCCCGUCCAGCAGUCUUACCGUCCCACAGCCUACAGCUCCUACAACUCCUUCUCCUCGUCCUACAGCCCGUACGGGACCUCCAUGUACGGUGGCUACAGCCCCUACAGCUAUGGUGGCGGAGGCUUCGGCAUGGGAGGGUACAGCCGCUUCCCUCGCAACGACGAAGUUGCCCCGAGUCGGUUUGUGCAGCAGGCGGAGGAGAGCAGCCGCGGUGCCUUCCAGUCCAUCGAGAGCAUCGUCCAGGCCUUCUCUUCGGUUAGCAUGAUGCUGGACGCCACCUUUUCGGCCGUGUAUAACAGUUUCCGCGCCGUGCUGGAUGUAGCCAAUCACCUGACGCGGCUGCGUGCUCACCUCACCCGAGUUUUGUCGGCUUUCGCUCUGGUGCGCACGCUGCGUUACAUAUACCGACGGCUGCUGAGGCUUCUAGGGCGUAGGUCGGACGCCGAGGUUGAGGACUUGUGGGCUGACAGUUCGAGUGAUGCCCUGGCUGCAGGUUCCUCCAGAGGCCUUGGAGCGGGGAUGGAGGAGCAGACUGUUAAGUCCUGGCCAAUAUUUCUGUUUUUUGCUGUAGUCUUGGGUGGACCUUACUUAAUCUGGAAACUGCUGAGCUCCAGCCCUAGCGCUGAAGAAAGCGCUACUGACUGGGCCAGCGGGGAGGACGACCACGUGGUGGCCAGGGCAGAGUACGACUUCUCGGCUGCUUCUGAGGAGGAGAUUUCUCUGCGUGCCGGAGACAUGCUCAACCUCGCGCCUAAAGAGCAACAGCCCAGGGUGCGUGGCUGGCUGCUGGGCAGCGUCGACGGUGAGACCACAGGACUCGUCCCAGCCAACUACGUGAAGAUCCUCGGCAAGAGAAGAGGCCGCAAGCACGCGGAGGCGGAAAGGCUCGCUCAGGCCCAGCAAGGGAACAUGCCAGCCUCUGAAACGGCCUCGGCUGCACAUCAAAUAUCGGUUCCAGACCCAAGCUUUACCCCGGGCCUCACUGCAGAGUCCACCUCAGCUUCCUCGGAGGAGCUGCUGGAGUCGGCGUUCAGAGAAACACCCGCUUCCUUCAGCCUGAGGACGUCCAGCUCCAGCUUACCUCCCAGUACUCUGAUAAACAUCCCAGAGAAGACCGACCUGUGAUGUUUGUGCAUGUGUAACUUUUUCUUGUGCUCUGAUGUUUAGCUCUGGAGCUUGACCAGUAUUUAGCUGAUGGUAGAUGUUUUUGGAAGGUACAAGCUACACCUUCUGAUGAUCUAACAGGUAAAAAAAAAAUGGUUUCCACACACAGGUUCUCUGGUGCACUGUUAUGUUUGUAGCUCAAAUGAUAACAUUAUCUUUACAUUUCUGUAGUCGGGAGUUUGUACAGGAAAGUCUGUGUGCUCUCUAAUAAUGUUUUAUGAUAACGAGGUGCACUGGUACAUCAUCUUUGUACUGACAGUGAAAGGACAAAGCCAAUGUGAGUUGUUUGAUAAUGUAAUCAUGGUUAGCCUCGUGUGUUUGCCUUUGGCCCUCACCUGGUCGCUGCUUGGUCUGUCUUCUGUUUGGUCUUCUCUCUGUGACGCUAAUGGAUUUGUUUUCAUCCGCAAUGAAAAUGGGGCUAAUUUUGCACAAUGUCAACAGGUUGAUAGCCACAUAAAGUAAUUUUGUAAAUAUUUAAUAGAAUUAUUUUGAAAUUAAAAAUAUAAAAAAAUCA